AUGGAACAUCGUCCGCUCACCCACCACUCUCCCGCGACACGCCGCUACCUCAACGAACCAGCUUGUCUGUAUGGUCGACUCCUGACAGUGCUGUCCAAUGGCUCCGAACGCGAUCAAUUCUACGUCGAUGCCCAUAAGACUCAGCUACGGACCGUUCAAGAAGAUGUCUCCCGUCGAGAUCCAAGCCAAGCCAGUCAAUAUCCCUUCCUCUGCGUCUUCCACUUCGCCGGCUGCGAUCAAAAGUUCUUGAAUAAAAGAGACUGGAAGGACCAUAUUAUUUCUCAGCACUUGAAGCUAGAUCGGGUGUUUUGGGAGUGUACAGAAGGCGAUUGCGCAUUUUCAAGGGAUACUUUGGAGCAAUGCAUGUCUUUGCAGACAGAUAGUUCCUCCGACCAGGAUGAGUUAUGGCUGGAUGACGCCGCUGGGUGGCACUUCACGAAUAAACACGAUUUUCGAAUCCAUCUUCUCGGUCACCAUCAAUCGACCAAGUCGCACGAUAAAAAGAGCGAUAUAAUAUUCCUUCCCGGUACAGAGGUGCAGUGGCUUGUAGACCGUCAAGACUCGUCGAUGCGAAUGACUUGUGGACUACCUCAAGACCUUGGCUGUCCCAUGCCCCAAUGCGCAUCACUCCGAUUCACUGGUGCUACAGCGUGGGAUCAGCGCUUGAACCACGCUGCUGAACACUUUCUUACCAGUCCACAAUGUCUAGACGUAUUCGGAGGCGAGCGAGAUGCAGAGCUUGUACAAUGGGCAGCCAGUUCUGAGGUCGGCAUCCAUAAAAUUACGCUAAAACCUCGCCUUCAACCACUCAAUUGCGGCAAGUCGGUCGCAGACAGUGGCUAUAGCAGCAUGCCUGGCAUGCCCCGAUAUCUAAACAUGUCACAGCACAGCAAUUCGCCCCCCGUGUGCUCCCAGAUACCAGAGCGGCUAAGCGAUGCCUUCACAAGGAAACUAAACAUCAGUGCAGACUCUAGACCAUUUCCUCCGCAUAUCAGUCUUUCAAAGGAAUGCUCUCGCAACACGAGUCCGCAGAGGACCAUCAUACCCUCGGUACCUCCCAAGACUCAGGCUCUAGCGACGAGUUUGAUGGGAACGCCCGAUGGCAACCCGGAAAUUACAGUUGUUAUGCAAUGGUUCCAUGGAUGGCUUCGACAAUGGCUAGCGCCUUUGACACAAGAGAGGCCUGACGGACAUGGUGGUCGUCAAAGUACCACUUCUCAAAGCCAAAACUCAACCUCGACCUCCACUUCCAGCUACAGCUCCAGUACACAAAAGAAGAAAAGUACACCUCGGCCUCGCCGUCUUCCCAAACGUAAGCGCACAAACGAAGAGGAUGACGAUGGCAACGAGGAGAGCUCCAAAUCCCAACGAAUUGAUGGAGAUCCGGAGAUACGAAUGUUUGCCUGUCCAUACUUCAAGCGCAAUCCCCGCAAAUAUGGUCAACCUAGGUGGAAGAGCUGUGCACACCCUGGCUAUCGGGACAUCCAUCGCGUAAAAGAGCACAUGUAUCGUAGGCAUUCAUUGCCUGAAUAUCAGUGUCGGCGCUGUCGCGUUGAUCUCAAUACCUCCGACGCCCUUGAAGCGCACCUGCAGCAGCAGCAGGCAUGCACGCCCUGCAUCGGUGCCCAAGAUGGACUAAGCCAAGACCAGGUGAAGAGGAUGAGGAGUAAAAAGGGUACAGGGAAGAACAAAGACGAGGUGGAAAGGUGGAACGACGUCUACGCCAUCGCGUUUCCACACGACAAGGACACACCCAGCCCUUACCUCUACGACACUGACCAAGACAAGAAUCUUAGGGAGUUCAACGUUUGCCAUGAGUACAGCCGUUUUUUGACGAGGGAGCUCCCCGCCCUUGUUGGGAGGCGUUUGAGCACGGUCGGAUGUCCCUUGCCCGAGACCAUAAAAGACGAUAUUGAGCAAUUUGUGAAAGGGCUAGUUCCUCAAUUGCAGGGCUCAUUUUUGCAGGAGAUGGGCUUUGUGGUGGGUGAUAAUAGCAGGCAGCUGAAUGUUGCAUCAACGACAAACGAUGGAGCCAGCUUCGUGGAUUCUACGGCGAUAAGACGCACUUCUGAAGACUCGGCGACGACGGUUCAGCAAGACAGCGACUCUGAUUAUCCAACGACAACGUUGCCGAAAGGAAGCACCUCGCAAGGGGCUAUAUCCAUGUUUCCGACAAACGACGGCUCUAAAGAAUUAGCGAUGAUGCCUCGAGUUGGAUACGACAUCGAAAACUGGACCAUAUCUCAGGCUGGGAAUUUUUCUGGGCAAGACAUGAUGCUUCCAACAUCUCAGAUGAUGCCACCAUACUUUGCGCCGACAAAUCAGGAUUGGCAGACAAUUUAUUCGCAGCUAGGCUAUGACCCAAACCUUCCUCCGGGGUAUGCUACUUCUUAA